GGGGCGCCAGGCCCAAGAUGGCGGCGGGCGCGGAGGGCGGUGCGGGCGCGGGGGCCCUGGGCGACUGCGCCGAGAUCAAGUCGCAGUUCCGGACGCGCGAGGGCUUCUACAAGCUGUUGCCCGGCGCCGAGGGCGCGGCCCGGCGGGCGGGUCCGGCCCCGGCCCCCGGCCCGGCCUCCGCCGCCUCUUGUGCGGCCCCGACCGCGGCCCCGGGCCCAGCCCCCGGCCCGGCCUCCGCCGCCCCGGGCUCCGCCGCCGCCGCCGCCGCGGCCGGGGCCGGGGCCCCCUCCCCGCCCGGGCCGGGACCCGCGCUGCCCGCCGUGCGUCUGAGCCUCGUGCGCCUGGGCGAGCCCGACCCCGCCGCCGCCUCCGGGGAGCCCGCCGGGCCGCCCCCGGCCGCCGGCGAUCGCGUUUGCUUCAACCUGGGCCGAGAGCUCUAUUUCUACCCGGGAGGCUCCGGGCGCCGAGGCAGCCACAGGUCCAUCGAUCUCAACAAGCCCAUUGACAAGCGGAUCUACAAGGGCACCCAGCCUACUUGUCAUGACUUCAACCAGUACACUGCAGCCACCGAGACCAUCUCCCUGCUGGUGGGCUUCUCAGCGGGCCAAGUGCAGUACCUGGACCUGAUUAAAAAGGACACCAGCAAGCUCUUCAAUGAGGAGAGGCUGAUUGACAAGACCAAGGUGACCCAUCUGAAGUGGCUGCCUGAGUCAGAAAGCCUGUUCCUGGCCUCCCACGCCAGUGGCCACCUUUACCUGUACGAUGUAGCUCGCCCCUGUGGCCCUGCCCCGCCCCAGUACAGCCUGCUCAAGCAGGGUGAGGGCUUCGCCGUCUACACUGCCAAGGGCAAGGCGCCCCGAAACCCACUGGCGAAGUGGGCUGUGGGCGAGGGCCCCCUGAACGAGUUUGCCUUCUCCCCAGACGGGCGUCACCUGGCCUGCGUGAGCCAGGAUGGCUGCUUGCGCGUCUUCCACUUUGAUUCCAUGCUCCUCCGGGGGCUCAUGAAGAGCUACUUUGGCGGCCUACUUUGCGUGUGCUGGAGCCCCGAUGGGCGCUACGUGGUGACCGGGGGCGAGGACGACUUGGUCACCGUGUGGUCCUUCACAGAGGCCCGGGUGGUGGCCAGAGGCCACGGCCACAAGUCCUGGGUCAAUGCCGUGGCUUUCGAUCCAUACACCACAAGGAGUGAGGAAGAGCCGGAGGAGGAGGGGACGACUAGCGGGAGCGAGCGGGAGGCGGGCUCCUUGCCCCGGCUGCCUCCACCAGCCGUCACCUACCGCUUUGGCUCGGCGGGCCAGGACACACAGUUCUGCCUGUGGGACCUGACGGAGGAUGUACUCUACCCGCGGCCUCCGCUGGCCCGACCCCGGGCCCUGGCCGGCAGCACGGAGGCCGCACCUGUCACCCCGGGACCCCUGCCCCGAUCCCUGUCGCGCUCCAACAGCCUCCCCCACCCGGCAGUGAGUGGCAAGGGGGCCGGGACAGGUACCGGUGGCGUGACGGAGCCCGGGACCCCUUUCAGCAUCGGCAAGUUCGCCACGCUGACCCUCCAGGAGCGUCGAGACAAAGGCACUGACAAAGAGCACAAACGGUACCACAGCCUGGGCAAUAUCAGCCGGGGUGGCAGUGGCAGCGGCAGCAGCGGAGACAAGCUGGGCGGGCCGGCCCCCCGCGGCCGCCUGGACCCGGCCAAGGUGCUGGGCACAGCCCUGUGCCCUCGAAUCCACGAGGUGCCCCUGCUGGAGCCCCUGGUGUGUAAGAAGAUUGCCCAGGAGCGCCUCACCGUCCUCCUCUUCUUGGAGGAUUGCAUCAUCACCGCCUGUCAGGAGGGUCUCAUCUGCACCUGGGCCCGGCCUGGCAAAGCUGUGAGUACCCCGGGGGCCGCAGGGGAGCCCCCCUUGGCCCCAGAGUCAGGACAGGCGCCUGCCUCCUCUCCCUCUGGCCUUUGGUCUGCGGACUGAGUGCUUGGAGAAUCUGGGGGGGAGGGGAGGGGGGAGGUCAAGAAGCUGUAGAAAUAAUCAUCACAUGUUGGAGCUUCCUAGUCGUGGAACGCCGCAAUCUGCAGAGAAGAGGUAUUCCAACCUUGAAAUGUCAGAAAACUGGGUGGCAGGUCCUGGCCUUGUGUAUUGCAGCCAGUGUGGCCUGUAGGAGGAGGGGAGGGGGCUACCUAGAGAGUGUGGUGGAGAGGGACCUGCUGAAAACCCCAGCUCCAGCACUGACUCACCAACUCACUGAGUCUGUUAAUGUCUCUGAGCCUCAGUUUCUUCAUCUGUAAAAUAGGGGUAUUGGAACUCCAUUCUUCACAGUAUGGUGGUUGAGGAAAGCCCAUUAACCUCUAGCAGUAUUUGAAUGUGAGCUGCUGUUGUUUUAGAAUGUCAGCUUCUUAAAAUAAUUGUCAGAACCUUGGAGUCACGGAAGUGGAAAUUCUAAAAAUUGAGGGGUGGGCCCAGGGCACGUGCACACGGGCCUAUAACCCAGCAGUUCUCCAGGGCAGGACCGCACAUGGCAGAAAAUCUCUGAACAGGGAGCGCUGGCACGAGAGACCAGAGCUGGAAAGGGAGGGGCCUGAACCCUCAUAGAGAACUCAGAAAAGAGCUGUGUGGCUGGGCAGGGGCACCUCCCCCUGGGGGUGGGGGGGUCUUGGAUGGCCUCAUUGCCCGGUCCUGGCCCUUUCAGCCCAUGUGCCCUUGUUCCGGCUUCCUUGCAGGGCCUCUCCUCCCAGCCUGCCAACUCCCCCAGUGGCACCGUGGUGUGAAGCUUGUGGAUUCAGCCGCUCCCGCCUCUCAGCUUCCUGGUCCGUGUCCUGUCUGGUCCAUCCUAAUCCCCCUUAAUGUAUUAACAAGACUAACAGUGGACAGAGUCCUUGUCUAGUCCUCUGCCUCCCUCGGGCCUUGCACAAGGCCAGGGAUGCCCCUGGCCCGGCCCGUGGAAUGUGAGGCCCAGUGUUCUUCCCCGCUUGUAAAGCCCCCCUCCAAGACGGUCAGUGUUCCCCCUCGCUCCCCUGCAUGUGAUGGCAGCCAGCCAGACCGCCCCUCCCCUUCCACAUGGGCUCUUUGCACUGAUCCCCCUCUGGCAGGGACGGCCCCUGAAGAGUGUUAUAAAUUAUGGCGACCCCAUGUCUCUGCCUCCCCCCACACCUUUCCACCUCUUAUUUAUAGUAAAAGCUCCUUCUUUUUACA